GUGCUCCGUUGGGAUACGAACCUAUAGUGUUUUAGGACAACCAGAGAAGCAGCCCAACGAUGAGAGCAGCAGCGUUAGUGUUGUGUGUGGUGGCCGUCGCAGCGCCUCUGGCCGACGCCACGUUCGGUCUCCUGAAGGCCGGUACCGCUGCGGCGGGCCUUCCUCUCGCCCUUCCUGCUGCCACUCUGGGAGGAGGUUUGGCUGCUGUUAAGGUCCUGAAGCUGAUCGGUCUGAAGAAGCUGAAGAAGAAGUUCGGAGGCCCGGGGGGAGGAUACGGCGGCGAAGGCCUGGAUUUCGGAGACUCCUACGGCAAGCUGCCUCUGCCCAGCUUCGCCCCGACGCCCUUCCACGGAGGACCGCCGCCCUUCUACAUCGUGCCCGGCUCCUACUUCGACGGCAGGAGGAAGAAACGCGACGUGCAGCAGUGCUUGUCAUCUUACUGUCACAAUGAUGGUGAUGAUAAAACUCAGGCAUUCCCACCACUCAUCCAGUAA